AGAAGGGUAACAUUACUGGGUUACUAUGCACUUGCGACUGAUUUCUUGGUUUUUUAUCAUUUUGAACUUUAUGGAAUACAUCGGCAGCCAAAACGCCACCCGAGGAAGGCGCCAGCGAAGAAUGCAUCCUAACGUCAGCCAAGGCUGCCAAGGAGGCUGUGCGACGUGUUCAGAUUACAAUGGAUGUUUGUCAUGUAAGCCCAGACUAUUUUUUGUUCUGGAAAGAAUUGGCAUGAAGCAGAUAGGCGUGUGUCUCUCUUCGUGUCCAAGUGGAUAUUAUGGAACUCGAUAUCCAGAUAUAAAUAAGUGUACAAAAUGCAAAGCUGACUGUGAUACCUGUUUCAACAAAAAUUUCUGCACAAAAUGUAAAAGUGGAUUUUACUUACACCUUGGAAAGUGCCUUGACAGUUGCCCAGAAGGGUUAGAAGCCAGCAACCAUACUAUGGAAUGUGUCAGUAUUGUGCACACUGUGAGGCCAGUGACUGAGUUCUUGGAGCCAUGCAUGAAGAAAGGAAGAUGUGGCUUCAAAAGAGGACUGAAACACGGGUCCUAGAUAUUACAGCAUCCUUCAGCCAGGGAGAACCUGUGUCCCCAACCAGCUUAGACAAGAACGUGUAUAGUACAAAGAAAGAAGUGUUCAAAGGGAGAGCGAGGUACAAACUCACUAACACAGCAUUCUUCUUUGAAUCCUCCCAAAUGUGAUCCAUAUUUUACUUUAUACCUUAGAGAAUACUUGGCCAUAUUCUUCAUAACUGAAGCCCUAAAAUGUGCAGAAAAAGAACACUGUGGAUCUACGUUACAGUUUAUAGAUCUCAUAAGGUUUUUUUUUUUCCAGUAUGAAACCUGA